AUGAAUAAUGUAUUUCAAAUCAUAUAAACUAAAGAAAUAAUACUGCAAGACACUCUAGUUUUUAUUUUAGGGCAGUAACGGAAUAAUUAAACUAUUCUUAUUUAUGAUUCAAAUGGUCUGUUAUUUAGAGAAUAUUUAUUACUUGAUUUUAAGAUUUCGAAAGCAAUUGCAGAUCCUAAUUUACGAUUUCUUCUGAUGUUGACAGAAUUAGAAAAUAAUGAAACUAUCCUAUAUCAAGCUUUUUUGGAAAAAUCUUUUACUCCUAUAUCUAGUAUUCGUAUACGUUCAAUCAAAAUUCAAUAAAUUGAGUGGUGCAAUAGCAAUAUUUGUGCUUUAGCAUUUCAAAAAGAGAUAUUUUUAUAUAAUAUAUUUUCAUAAUAAAUUUUGAAACAAUUAGAUGUAUAAAAUUGUUAAAUGGUAUAAUUCAAAAUUAACUCAAAUUUUGACACUUUGUUAUUUUAAUAUUAGGAUAAUUUAGGAAGUGCUUAAACAUGUUCUGUGAUGCAUCUUGAUGAUUUCUCUAAGAAAAUGAAAUUUACUAAUUGUGUUUCUUGCCUUGCCUAAAUAGAAAAUGAAGAACAUUUACUAAUAAUUGCAACAAGGAAUAGCGUUUUAACUUUAAUUAAAAUGAAGUUUAACUCUGAAUUAUCAAAUAAACAAGAAAUACAACAAAACGAAAUUUCAAAUUUAAAAAUAACCUAAUCCAUUUAAAUGAAAUACGGAAAGUAAAAAUUGUAUUUACUUGAUUCUUCAACAAAUUUAUAUUUAUUUUCUCUAAACAAUGAUUAUAAGAUGAUUAAAAUUAAGGAAAUUGAAAAUGUUAUUAAUUUUAGUGUUUCUAUUCAAAAUGAAUAUUACUUCUAUAUUAACAAAGAUAAUAUUUUAUACUAGGAAUAUAUUCAAAAUUAAUAAUUUAAUAUUCAAUAAUUAGAUCAAGCCGAAUUGUCAUUAGCUUCUUAAGGAAAAAAAUUAGCUAUGCAAGGAAUUUUAAGCCAGCAAGAGGAUAUUUCUUUGAGCAUAAAAUAAUAUGCCUCAAAUUACGAUAAAAUUACCCCAUAAUUUAGGUCUAUAGUGGAUUUAUUUAAUUAAUUUAAAAAUCUUCCGUUGAUCGAUUUUAGGGUUUUAAUUUUACCAUAACAGCAAAAAAAAGAAUUUAAGGAUUACAUUCCUUAAAUGCAUGAUUAUAUUGAAACUUAAAGUGUAAAACAUCAUAUAAAUAAAAUUGAAAUUGCUUUAAAAGGAGAAAAUCCAUUAUUAUGCGAAGGAGAUGCAGCUAGUGGGAAAACAUCAGUUAUAUAAUACGUGGCUUAUAAAAAAAAUUAACCAUUAUUAAUUAUGAAUUUAAAUUCAUUUACUCAAAUAAGCGAUUUGAUUGGGAAAAUUGAAAUUCUACCUGGUUUCAAAUUAGAAUUUUAACCAGGUCCUUUUGCUCUAGCUGUACAAUAAGGUUUCUGGAUUCUUUUAGAUGAAGCAAAUUUGGCAAGCGAUUCGAUUUUAAGAGUAAUCGAAGAUGUAUUAGAAUUAGGCUAUCUAACAAUUUUUGGAACUUAAAUCAAUCCUCACCCUGAUUUAAUUGAUGGAACACUGACGAUUCGAAAACAUCAAAACUUUAAGUUAUUUUUAACACAAAAUCCUGCAACAGAUGAAAAAUUCGCUAAGUCAAGAAAUUUAUUUUCUCCAUCUUUAAUGAGUUAAUUUAUUUUAAUUACUUUUCCACCUAUGAAUGAAAAUGAUAUGAAAUCAAUUAUAAAUUAACUAAUUUCCAAAAAAUUCAAAAAUAUUCAAUUACCAAUUUAAUCCCAAUUCUCUUCUUUAGUAAUAGACUUAUAUUAGGAAAUAAAGAAGAAUAAAUUAGAUGAUGGAUUAUUUACCUUGAGAGAUAUAUUAUAACUUGUUGACACUGUAUCUCUUGAUUCUAAUUAUCAAAAUAUUUUUGGAAUCGAUAUUUUACCUAUGUAAUAGUGUUUGAAAUUAAUAAUAACCUAAUUUUUAUAAUAAUUAGAUAAUAAUAAAAUUAUAAAUAAGGUUCUUGAUAAUUUUUAAACGAUUGGUUACUCAAAUAAACAGUUUGAAGAUAGUCAAUAAGAAAGAUUACGGCAGCUUAUAAAUUGGAGUUUAUAAUAACCAGAACUCUACCUUUCAUUUCAUAAUUUUCUAUUUCCUUUUCUAACCUUAUGUUAUCGAACCAAAAGGGCAGCAUUAAUUGUUGGAUAAUAAUAUUGCGGCAAGCUAUCAAGUGUGUUACUUUGGUUGAAAUAUUCAAAGAUCAACAAUUUUGAAGUAUAUUAAUUGUCUUAGAGUACAACAUACGAGGAUUUGUUUGGAAAGUAUCAACCUGUUAAGGAAGAUUUUUAAUUUAUUGAAGGACCCAUCACAAGGUGUUUCGGAGAAGGAAAAGUCUUGAUUUUGUUAAAUAUAGAAGCUCCAGAAAGUGCACUAACGGAAUCAUUAAAUGGAAUUUUAGAGAAAAAUUUCCACUAGUUAUUAGUAUUUAAUAAAAAAUAUUCGAGACAUAAAAAUUUUGCCAUAAUUGGAAUUUCUUCUAAUGCUUAAGAUAUUAAAGAUAAAUUUACUCCUGCCUUAAAAAGCAGAUUUUUAACAGUUAAUCAAGAAUUUAAAGUAAUCAAAUAAGAUAUUGCCUUAUUAUUCUAAAUUACGAAAAUCCAAAGUAAUGAGGAUGAAAUCGCAAAGGAAUUAGAUUUAGAAAAAGAGGGAAUUUCAUUUAAUAAAAUUAUCAGAUUUAUUAAACCAAUUACAGAAUUCCGGAGUUUUCUAACUUAGUACUUGAAGUUUACAGAAAAUAAUGCGCAAAAAAGAAUUAAUAAUUGCAUUUAAUUUUUUAUUGCCUUAAGUAAAUAAGACAAUCGCACUCUUUAUAAUGAAAAAAUAUAAUUGCCCCUUGAAUAUAAAGAUUUAUAAUCUGAAGAGUAGAAAAGUAACUUUGUAUUUACUUAAUCUCGAAAAAAAGUUGCAGAUAUAAUUGCUAUUGCAGUUGCUGCUAAAAUUCCUUUAAUCUUGCAAGGAUCCGCUGGAGUUGGGAAAACAAAAAUAAUUAAACAAUUUUAAAAAGAGUGUGCAUUUUUUAAAAACACUAAAUUCUAUUAUAUUAAUAUGAACUAAAAUACAGAUUUGAAUGAUUUAAUGGGUCAUUAUAUAUCAUCUUGUGAAAAAGAUAAAAAAGAAUUUGAAUUUUAAAAAGGCCAAUUAUUUUUGGCAAUGGAAAAUGGAGGAAUAGCAUUAUUAGAUGAGGUAAAUUUAUCUGAAAUCAGUAUUUUAAAUUUUCUAGCUUCAAUAACGAAAUACCCAAAAACAUUUAUUGAUCCAGUUUCAAAUCAAAUAAUAUAAGUUCAUGAAAAAUUUAGAAUAUUUUUCGCUUAAAAUCCUCCGUACUAUAUAAAUAGAAAUGAACUCCCCUUAACUCUAACUUCUAAAGUAGUAAUAUUAGUUAUACCAAAUUACACUUUAAAAGAAAUUCUUGAAAUUUUUCAAGGAGAAUCUUAAUACAUUCUAUAAGGAAUUUAAUACUUUUUAACUAAAAUUAUACAUUAUCCUGAAGAUGGUGACGAGAAAUUACUGAAAUUUAAUAACACUCAAUUUACAUUAAGACAGUUUAUUAAAUUCAGAAAUCGUUUAGAAAAAACAAAAUUUUAAACUAAGUAGAAGAAUUGGGAAAAAUUAUUGAAGUUGCAUCAAAUGAUUCUUUAUCCUCUAAAUUAAUAAGAAUAAGAUAAUCUAAAUUCUGAGAUUAUAUAUUAAAAAACAGAAAACAUAUUUGAUUUUAAAAUAAAGAAUAAAGAUUCUGAAAUAAGGAUACCUCUUUUAGCUACUAAUGGAUUUAGUGAAACUUUACUUUAAGAAAUAUAAAAUCUUAGCGAUAAAUAAAGAUUAGUUUUAAGUAAAUUAGCAUUUUGCUUUCACUGCAAAGAAAAUGCAUUAAUUGAGGGAGAAACAACUUCCAAAACCUAUCUUUCAUAACUUUUUUCUUAAAUGAUACAAUUUUAGAAUCCUACUCCAUUUCAAUUAAUUUAUAUAUCUAAUGUAACAGAAAUUACAGAUUUAAUUGGUAAUACAGAAUCUCAUAAUGUUCAUUCUUAUAAAAAGCAUUGUUAGAAUUUAAUAAACAAAUUAGGCAUGGGAAUGGAUGAUAAAGAUAUAAAAAACAGCUUACAAGUUAUUGGUAAAAAAUGGUAAGUUGAUAAUUAUAUUAAUCAAAUUAUUAAAAAUCUUAAUAAUUAAUUCCCCUUUGUAGAAAGAGGAUUGACAUUUAAUGCAAGAUUUGGUGGAGUUAUUUGUUUAAAGAAUAUUACUUUAGCAGAUUAAUCUGUCUUGGAAGGUUUGAACUCAUUACUUGAAAUAGAGCCAUAUUUUGUUGUAAAUGGGAAAAAAAUAGAUUUACACUAAGAAUUUUUUGUAAUUGGAUUACUAAACGAUACUUUUGGAGGUUAAUUAAGUGAUGCAUUACAAUCUAGAUUAACAAGAAUUGAAAUUGAUGUCACUGAUUUUUUAGAUUGUAACAAUAAACUUUCAGAAAGUUAUACAAAAUUUAUUUAACAAAAAAUUAAAUCAAUUAAAGAGCAAAAUGAAAUUAUAAACUAUAUCCAAUAAAUUUUGAUCGUCUUAAAAAGUCAUAAUUUGGAAUACUAUAACAGUUUGACUUCUACUAAAUUUUACUCAUGGAUGAACUAUUUAGAUCUUAAUCUUAGUGCAACUUCUUUGGAAAAACUUGCGUUAGGAGUUUAAUAUAUUGUGUUAGACGAGAAAAAAGAAAAUUUCAAUCAAUAUUUUACAACACAAUCUUUGUAAGUUCUUUACAAUAAGGCUUAAAUAAUUUUACAAAAAGAAUUAGGAAAUAAAGGUAUCUAAAAUUCAAAGAAUAUUAUAACGAAUCCAACUACAAAUAAAAUAAUUGAAAGAAUAUUUUGUGCAUUUUCUGUUUCAUAUAUUCCUUGUUUAAUUGGACCACCAGGAGUAGGGAAAUCAGCAAUAGCACAAUAAAUUGCUUAAAUUUUAGGAAAAGAAUUUCAACGUGUUUGUUGCUCGGAUAGCUUAUCAGUAGAGGAUUUAUUUGGUUCUUAUGCUCCUGUUUAUGAAGCAGAACAAUCAGGCUUUAUUUUUUAAGAAGGAUAUCUAGCAAAAGCUUUAAAAAAAUAAAGUCUGAUUUUAUUUGAUGAAAUCAAUUUAGCUUCUCCAGAAGUACUAAGUACUCUUCAAGCUUUAUUUAGGAAGGAUGAAACAACGUUAUAAAUUAAAGAUUAAUUGAUUAAUAAAAAUGGUUGUGUAUUUUUAUGUUCUAUGAAUCCACCAACUUACCAAGGAAGGCAAGAAUUGCCCUAAUGUAUAUCAAAUUUAUUAUCUACUGUUUAUCUAGAAUAAUUUAGUAUUGACGAAGUUUUAAACAUUUUUAGAAAAUGCUAUUAAGAAAAAAUUUUAAAUUUAAAAUAAGAUGGAAUUGAUUUUGAACCUAUUCUUGAACUACACAAAGAACUUUCAUAAAUUCGAUAAUCCUCAAAUUAUGAUUUUAAUAUAAGAUUCUUACAAAAUCUUCUCUAGUUGUUUAAUAAAAAAUUUGUUCAAUAAAGAAAGUAAAUAAAGGAUGAAAAAUUAAAAAAAGAAUUAAUAAUAUUAUGUUUAGACAUAAUUUAUGUUGAACAUUUUUAUUAAACAGAUUUAGACUUAGCAGAUAAAAUAUUGUAAAAAAUUUUAUCUAAAUUUUAAAUAACUGAAAAUGAAUGGUAAAAUAGAAAAGUACUUUUGGAACAAAAAGCAAAUUUGAUAUAUAUCAAUAAAUAAACUGAAAAACAAGAUAGAUGGGAGUAAUAUUUAAAAUUUCCAUUACGUUCAUAAUUUACCCCUUAAAUGACAAAUAAUGCUUAUGCAAUAAAUUUAUAAAAUUCAAAAAUAUUUGAGAAAAUUUUAAUUGCGUUAUAAUCUAAAAAAGUUAUUUUGUGUUAAGGGGACCAUUCCACUGGUAAGACUACUAGUAUUAUAAAAAUGGCGAGUUUGUUGAACCAAAGAUUUAUUUUGCUACCAAUACACUGUGAUUUAGAAGCUGAUGACUUACUAGGUAAUUUUGCUAUAGUUUCAGAAAAUUAUGAGGAAAUUUAAUAAGAAUUAAAAAAUAUUGUUGAGUCAAUAAACCAAGUAAAAUAAGAGAAGGCCAAAAAAUAGUCGAUGAACAUGCAAUAUAUCGAAGGAGUCUUAAAAAUUUGUUUGUAAUUUGGUUAUUGGUUGAUUUUGGAUAAUAUCAAUUUAGCAAGACCUGAAAUAGUGGAAAGAUUGAAUUCUUUAGGUGAAGAUCAACCUUGCCUAUUUCUCAAUGAAUUUGGUGAGGAAAAUCAAAAAAUUAUUCCACAUAAAAACUUUCGCUUAAUUUGUAUAUAAAAUCCUUUGAGAGUGGAAUCAUAUGAUCUCUCCCCAGCUUUUUAUAAUAGAUGCUUAAAGAUUAAUUUUCGCUUUCAAACUCAAGAAAAUUAUUCAGAUAUGAUUGAUAUUUUAACUAAAAGAGGCGAAGAAGGACUUGCAAAAAAAUUAUAAGACUAAGUUAUUUUUAUGGAGAAACAUUGUAAUUGUAGGAUUAAUUUAAGAUAAAUAAAACAGGCAUUUACAAUGAUUCAAGAAAAUGGAUAUAAAAAUUACAAUUCCGUUAUGGAACUUGUCUUUGGUUAAAAGUAUACAGAAUGUUAAAAACUUAAUGAAUUCCCUAUUGUUGAUUCUACACAAUAAAUAGAUGGUGAAUAAAUUUUGAAAAAAUUAGAAUCAAGUUCAUUUGAUUUACAAAAUGAAAAUAAAAAAUCAAUUUCGGAAUGGUAAAAUUUAUCUACAUUUUUAAAAAAGUAUUUAAAUUAAACAGAAAUCAUAAAUAAUCAGUAUUUUUUUGAUUAAAUAGCAGAAAAAAUAAAAAUAAAUGAAAAUAAACAAAAUGAUGGAAUCUAUGAGUUGAGUUCAGAAAAAAGAAUUAAUUAUUCUUUAUGUGGCCUCGAUUUUCUUUUUGAACCAAAAAUUUUGUAAUUUCAAGAACUUAAGUCUUUCAAAAUGAGUAUUCGUAUCAAAUUGUUGAAAUAAGAUUUUAUGGCUGAAAUAAAAUUUAAUUCAAAAAAAUUCUUUAUAUAAUUUGAAAAAAAAGUUGAUGAUGAUAUUUCAAUUGGUAUGAUAAUUGAAUAGAUGGUUGAAAAAUAAUAUUAAGAAAUGUAUAAAUUUUUUAAAUCUAUGUUUGAAUCAGCAGUUUAUGAAUGCAAAAUAUAUUUAGAAUAAACCUCACAAUUUAAUUUUAAUUUUAAAUUAGAUGAAUUUUCUCUUUCAAGUCUUCCUAUUUUACAAUUAAAAUGUAUUCAAGGAUCAUUUCAUACAAACAAAAAAAAUCUCGUGGACUUUAGCUUUGAUUUUGAAUUGGUAAUUUGCAAUAUUAAUAUUGGAAAGAUAAAUAAUUUACAAUCACUGAGAGGAGAAAUUGAAUUAUAAACAGAAAAAAUUAUUAAUGUAUUUAAGGAUUAUGGUUGCUUUUAUUUGUUAUAAAAUCUAAAUCUACAUCCUCUCCAAAAUGAACAUUCUAAUUUAGAUUUAAUAGAAGGAAAAAUUGAAAUAAAAUUAGGUUCAAAUAGUCCAAUUUAAAUUUUGAAUUGGCCAUUCCAUAUUAAAUUUGAAAAAAUAUAUGCUUGUUUAAAAUUAAAGGAUGAUAUCUCGUUGAAUGGAAGCAUUAUAGGUUCAUUUUAGUGGUUUCAAAAAGAUAUUUGUGGCUUGAAACUUAGCAUAGAUAAUAACAAUUAAUAGAUGUUUAAAUUAGAAUUAGAUUCUGAAAAACCUCCUCUUGAUGCAUAUACAAUUUUAGAAUAAUUCUUUAAUAAUUAUUUUGAAACCAAUAUUUUUGUAAAGGAAUUGUCUAAAAUAAAUAAAAUGAUUAUAAAAAAACUGGAUANAAUUUCGGAAUGGUAAAAUUUAUCUACAUUUUUAAAAAAGUAUUUAAAUUAAACAGAAAUCAUAAAUAAUCAGUAUUUUUUUGAUUAAAUAGCAGAAAAAAUAAAAAUAAAUGAAAAUAAACAAAAUGAUGGAAUCUAUGAGUUGAGUUCAGAAAAAAGAAUUAAUUAUUCUUUAUGUGGCCUCGAUUUUCUUUUUGAACCAAAAAUUUUGUAAUUUCAAGAACUUAAGUCUUUCAAAAUGAGUAUUCGUAUCAAAUUGUUGAAAUAAGAUUUUAUGGCUGAAAUAAAAUUUAAUUCAAAAAAAUUCUUUAUAUAAUUUGAAAAAAAAGUUGAUGAUGAUAUUUCAAUUGGUAUGAUAAUUGAAUAGAUGGUUGAAAAAUAAUAUUAAGAAAUGUAUAAAUUUUUUAAAUCUAUGUUUGAAUCAGCAGUUUAUGAAUGCAAAAUAUAUUUAGAAUAAACCUCACAAUUUAAUUUUAAUUUUAAAUUAGAUGAAUUUUCUCUUUCAAGUCUUCCUAUUUUACAAUUAAAAUGUAUUCAAGGAUCAUUUCAUACAAACAAAAAAAAUCUCGUGGACUUUAGCUUUGAUUUUGAAUUGGUAAUUUGCAAUAUUAAUAUUGGAAAGAUAAAUAAUUUACAAUCACUGAGAGGAGAAAUUGAAUUAUAAACAGAAAAAAUUAUUAAUGUAUUUAAGGAUUAUGGUUGCUUUUAUUUGUUAUAAAAUCUAAAUCUACAUCCUCUCCAAAAUGAACAUUCUAAUUUAGAUUUAAUAGAAGGAAAAAUUGAAAUAAAAUUAGGUUCAAAUAGUCCAAUUUAAAUUUUGAAUUGGCCAUUCCAUAUUAAAUUUGAAAAAAUAUAUGCUUGUUUAAAAUUAAAGGAUGAUAUCUCGUUGAAUGGAAGCAUUAUAGGUUCAUUUUAGUGGUUUCAAAAAGAUAUUUGUGGCUUGAAACUUAGCAUAGAUAAUAACAAUUAAUAGAUGUUUAAAUUAGAAUUAGAUUCUGAAAAACCUCCUCUUGAUGCAUAUACAAUUUUAGAAUAAUUCUUUAAUAAUUAUUUUGAAACCAAUAUUUUUGUAAAGGAAUUGUCUAAAAUAAAUAAAAUGAUUAUAAAAAAACUGGAUAUUAUUACAAAUGCCAAAUGUUGGAAUUUUCAAAUGUAGAUUUAACUUGAUUUUAAAUUCCAAAUUUUUGGAAUCAUUAAUUUUGAAAUUAAAACAUUAGAACUUUAUUGCCAUGUUGAUUCGUAAAAAAGAGAAUUUUCCAUCAUUUCCACAAUUGAGUUUUUUUCAUUCAUUUUAGAGAUCGGUAUGGCUAUUGAUUUUGAGUAAAAGGCUGAGUCAUUAAAAAUGAUUUUUCGAAAAUCUUAACAUUCUCCUACCUUUUAAGAAAUCAUAGCUUCAUAUUCAUCUGAAAUAAAUUGUAUUUUGGAAAAAAUCCCAGGAUAUAAAGAGUUAAAAAUAAAUAAUAAAAUUAAAGAGUUAAAUGUUGAAAACUCCUCUGAUUUCUUUGAUAUAAACAAUUUCAAAUAAUUAGGAGAGAAAAUAGUUUAAGAUUUUAAAGAGCAAGCUGUUAAUGUAUAAUAAACUUUCGAAAAAAAAAUUAAUGAUUAGAUUGAAGAAAAAAAAGCUUUAAUUAGAGAAAAGGCUAGAGCCAUAAUCGCUAAUGUGAAAGAAUCAUAUAUAGAAUGGAAAAAUAAUUAAAUCAUGUUCUAAUUUGAAUUUCCUUUAUCAGUUGAAUGGAAAAUUUGUAGCUUUUUAACUUUGUUUGACUGUAAUUUGUUAUUAAAUAAUAUUGAAAAUCAAAUUAAUGUGGAAUUAAAUGGAAAUGUUAAGUUUAUGGAUAUAUUAUUACCUAAAUUUUCUCUAAUAUUUUCAAAAAACAAACCAAUUAUUAUGACAAUAAACCACCAAACUUUAGCCUAAGAAUUUGAUCCAAUUUAAUUUGGUCUAAGCCUCUUUGAUUAAAAAUUUGAAGAAAUAAACAUCUUUCCUAAAAUUAAUAAAAUUGAGAAGUUUUUGUUUAAUUUUUAAACAUAAGAUUUUGAUAGUAAUUUCUCAAUUACAUCAUAAUCUUGUUUAAAUAAUUUUAACUUUAUAGCUUGUUAAAAUCUCCAGAUAAUAAUCAGAAUUUAACACGAAUUAAAAAAGCCAAAUAUGGGAGCUGAUAUUUUUGCUCAACUACAAGUUAAAGUAAUAUUUUUUGAAUUGAAUAUCGAUUUAAAGUUAGAUUUUUCGGAGCUUGCCAAAAAUUAAAAUAGCAAUUCAACAAUAAAACUUUAAUUACAAUCUGAACCUAUUGAAAAUUUUUCUUUUAAUGAAUUUAUUUAAAACAUACUUUCCUAUACAAUCUCAAAAGAAAUCGCUGAAUUUAAAAUUGAAUCAAUUAUCUGUUCAAUCUCAUUUGAAAAAAAAACUGAUAUUUGGGUAUGUUCUUCAAUAUUAGAUAUUAAAAAUGGCUAAUGCUCUUUUUUUUAAAAUUUAAUAUCCAUAUGUAAUCUUAAUGGAUAAUUAAUUUACUGCAUUUAAAAAGGAUGGAUUGGCAGUAGAAUUAAAGGAGAUUGUGUUAUUAAUUAAGUAAAUUUAGGAUAAUUUGAUAUAAGCAUAAUAAAAAAGGAAAGAAAAGAGGAUAAUUGUAUUUAAGCAAAGUUAAUUCCUAAUGAAAAUUUUUCACUAGUAAAAUUAUUAUCAGAGCUUACUGGUGAGGAAAUAAAAUUGUCUAUUUUUUUUUUCGAUAAAAGUCAUUUCUCAAACCUUAACAUGGAAUUUGAAAUUGUAGAAUCUUAAAUGCUUUUCAGAGUGAAAUAUAAAAGAGAUUAGUUAUAAUUUGAGAAUUUUCGAUUUCUAUAACUUGAAAAUAUUAAUGCUAAAAUUGACUUUUUGUCAAACAAAAAUGGCACAAUAUCAAAAGAACUUUUGAUAGAUUUCAAUGUGAAAUUAUUUAAUUAUUCAAAAUAGGCAAAGAUAACAGGUUUCCCUUUGAAAAUUGAAAAUAUUUAACUUACAAUAAAUGAAAACAUAUACAAGUUAUUUGAUUAUGAAAUUUUCAAAGAAUUUAAAAUUACUAAAUUUAAACUUUUUGAAUAGAUUAAACUAAAAGUUGAUUUGAAUGUUACAUUUAAUUCUGACUUGAGCUUUGAAGAUCUGACAAUAAUAGGAAAAUUUAAAAAUGAAAAAGUAGAGGAAUUUAUAUUUAUUAAAAAAAUUUCGUUAAAGUAUCAAUAUCAACAAAAAUCAAUUCAAUUAUGUGGAGAAAUAGUUUUAUUUUGUACAUUUAUAUUCGAUUUUUCAUAUAACAUUUAAAGCAAAAAAUUAUUAUUCAAACCAAAGUCUUAAAUUAAGUUUGGGGAGUUAAUCAGAAGAUUUGACAAAAAUUUUGAUGGUGAGUAAGAUAUUAGCAUUUUAAAGUCGGAAAUUAAAAAGGAGACUGUAGUUGAAAUAGAUUUUUCUUAAGAAACUUUUUUUCUUGAAUAAAAUUUCGAUGAAAAUCUUUUUUAAUUUUAUGUUAAUAAGAAAAAAAUUUUUAUUUUAAUAUCAUUUAUGAUCAGAGAACUAAAAUUUGAAGCUAUAUCAUCCUACUUAAAAAGGUUGGAUGAUUAUUUUGCCUUAUAAAAAGCUGAAUGUCUGUUCAUCUAUUCCAAAUCUAAUGAAAUAGAUGACAGAGACUUAUGUUAAUUUGAAAAUAAUUCAUAAAUUGAAACAUUUUUGACAAAUAAUAAAGAAAAUUAAAUAGAAAUAAAAGGAAUAAGUGUGGCAGCUUAAAUAGAGUUCAAAUUAAAAUCAUAGUUAAAAGCUUUCCUUUUUUUUGCUGAUUAAAUUUAAUUAUAAUUUUAUUUUCAUUUUUUUAAGGGAAAAAUUAAAAUUAAAAGUAAAAAAUACUAAUUUAAUAGUGAAAAAGGCAUAAGAUGUUCACUUUAAUUUUCUGCAUCUUAUGAUAUAUAACAAAUAAAUUUUAAUUUGUCAUUGAAUCUAGAUUUAACGAAAACUUUUCAAGAUUUUGGGGUAUUAAAUCUGGAGGGUGAACUAUCAUCAAACUUAUCUCAAAUUAAUGGCCAUUUAAAACUAAACUAUUAACAUGCAUUUGGGUUUAAAAACUGGACCCUUGAGGGAUAGUGCAAAGUAAAUAAUACUUCAAUUGAGGGACAAAUUAACGCCAAAAUAUAAGAUUAUUAAGCUCGGCUAAUCUUAAAUAUUGAUAAGUUUUUCGUACCUAGAGGCUUUGGAUUGCUAGUAAGAAAUAUCGACUUUAAUACAAUCUUACAAUUUUUUGGUUUAUCUCUACCUGAAGGAUUUCAAAAUUAUAUCCCAACAAUAGAAAAAUUAGGAAUGAUUUAUGGAUAACUAAGUGAAGAAGCUUAGAAUUAAAUAAUGCCUGAAAUUGCUGAAAAAUUGAAAGAGCAAGGGUUACUUCCUAAUUUCUUGGAUAAUAUUUUAAGUGUGUAUUUGAAAUAAUUCUAUUUUGUUAUUGAAUCCUCUACUAAAAAAAAACAAUUUAAAUUCAAUUUUACGCUCUUUAAGGAUGUAAAAAAGUUAUUUUUUUUUUGUAAAGGUGGUUUGAAAGUUGAAGUUGGAAAGUAUUUUCUUUUAAAUGUUUAAGUCGAAGUUGAGUUGAUUGAGAAUUUUUCUGUUCAAGGAAAGGGAUAAAUUAUUUUUUUAGAUUAAAGUGAACAAAUAGGAUUUGUUUUCAAACCACUUAGUAUUGAAUUUCAAGUAGAAUUAUAAUUAUUAGAAUAUUAUUUCGAUUUAGAGUUAAAAUUAGAAAAUUUUAUGUCAAUGAGUGGUUUAUUAGGGUUUAAUUGUAACAAAAAUUCUCAAAAACUACAAUCUAAAUAUACCUUUUUUAAAUUUAUUAAUGUUGAAAAAAUAAUAAUAAAAUUAGAAAUAAAUGAAGAAAUAAAAGCUACUUUAGAAUAUUCUAUUGAAAUACUUAAUUUCAAAAAAUUUGAGAAUUCUUUAGUAAUUAGUUUUAAUAUUAAUCUGAUUAAAUAAAUGAUAAAAAAAACUUUCGAUUUGUUUUUAAAAUUUUUUGAUUUACUUCCUGAGAAUAUAAAAAACUUAAUAGAGGAAAUAAAUAACAAUUCUAAAAUGAUUUUAGAUUUUUGUCAGAAAUUAUUAAAUACAGAUGUUAGUAAAGAAUUGGAAGAGAUAAAAAAAUAAUUUGAAGAUUUAAAUGAACCAUCAUCAACAAUAAACAAUGAACCAUCAUCAACAAUAAAAAAUUAACCAUCAUCAACAACAAAAAAUGAUCCAUAAUCAACAAAAACAUCAAAAAAUGGACCGUCAUCAGGAUCAAAAAGAGAACCAUUAUCAAAAAGAUCAAAAUCAUCAAAAAGAUAACCAUCAUCAAAAACAUCAAAAAGAGAACCAUCAUCAAAAACUUCAAAAAGAGAACCAUCAUCAAAAACUUCAGAAACAUCAAAAAGAGAACCAUCAUUAAAAAAUUCAAAAACAUCAAAAAGAGAACCAUCAUUAAAAAAUUCAAAAACAUCAAAAAGAGAACCAUCAUUAAAAACAUCAAAAAAAUCAAAAAGGGAACCAUCAUCAAAAACUUCAAAAAUAACAAAAAGAGAACCAUCAUCGAAUUCAUCAAAAAAAGAACUCUCAUCAAAAACAUAAGGAGAAUAAAAUUAAGGUUUAUAAUAUUCAAGUUAAUUCUAAUAGGAAAUAAAAGAAUUACAGUUACCAAGCUUAUAAAAUGAGUAAUCUUUAACCUAAAAGAAAUUGCAUAAAAUCUAAGAAGAUUUAUAAAAAUAAGAAUUAAGUGCAAAGGAAUUAUCAUAAGAUAUUAAAAAUAAUUAUCAAUAAUUCUCAAGAGAAUUUUCAUCAAAUCAGUAAAAACAGACAACUUUGGAAUAAAAAUCGAAAAACUUUUAAUAAAGUGAUCAGGAAAACUAUCAAAAACUAUAAGAGUUAAAAAAGGAAUUAGAAACAUUAAAAUAGGAAGACUAAUUAAAUUCAGAACGCCUUCAACAAAUUCAAUAAAAGUGCAACUUCUAAAUUGAAAAAUAAUCAAACUCAAAAUAAUCCUAAGAACUGGAAUGCAAUUUUAAAGAGCUCGAAUAAGAAUAGAUUCAAAAAUAAUAACUGGAUAAACUUUAGGAAUAUUGCCGAAAUACCAAAAAGGAGUUUGAUAGAUAUAAUGAAGAAUUGAAAAAGACUAAAGAAGAAUAGAGAGAACUCUUAGAGGUCUAAUAAAAUCAAAAAAAGCAAUUUUCUAUCCUAUAAAAAGAGUAUGUAGAUUGCUCUCAAGACUCUGAUAUAAUAUCUAUUUAAUAAGUUUUUUCAAAAGAUUUUUAAUCAUUCAAAGUAAGUUAGCAAUAAAUCCAUUAAAUUACUCAAAAAAUUUAAAGCAUUGAAUAAAAACAAAAUGAAAAUAUUAACAUACUUCUAGCAUUCUCUGAUAAAUUAGAACAAUAUUAGUUAAAUGCAAGAAACUUAUAAAUACAACAUUAAAUAUUUAUCCAAAUUUAGAAUGAGAACCAUAAAAAUUUGAUUGAGCUAAACAAAUUUAGUUAAGAAUUGUUAUAAUUCUAAAUAAUUAAUUUCUAAAUUUAGAAUUUGUAUAAUUUAAAAGUCAUCAUCCUUCAAAAGAAAAAAUCUAAUAUGAAGCAAAACAAUAAUAACAACGCAAAACAAGAUUAAAUUAGUUAAAACAUAGAUAAUAUCCCCUAAGAUACCAAUAUAAGUGAGGAUGAUUUACAGUUAUAUACAGUUGAAUAAGAAAUUUUUGAAGAGUGGAAAAAGUCUUAAGAAAAAAGUGUUUUACCUUUUUCAGGUAGAAUAAUUAUUAACGAUUAAAUUACUAGUUUGAACUAACUCUUAAAGUUAGGUCACCUUUUUCUCAAACUACAAUUACUUCAUUAAACAUUUGAAGUAAUUUUGUCUGGAUAAAAUCUGCCAAUAAUUUUAAAAACUAAGGAUUAGCCUAUUACGAUUAAUUUAUUGGAUCGAAUUUAUCAUGGAUUAUAAGGAAAAUGCAAUACCAAUUUCCAACAUAUUGAAUUAAAAGAUAAUUCAAUAAAUGAUUUUAUAAUUUUGUUUACUGAAAAAAAAUUAGAAUUCUCAAAUUAGUGUAAAGAAGAGUUAUUAAAGGAAGGAAAUUAAAAGAUUUUUAUAAUUAACCAUGAAAAAAUAAUAAAUUUGGAAGUUUAAAGUGGAGAAAUGAAAGAGAUACCUUCAAAUAUUUUUGAAUUGCUUUAUGAAAUUACAUAAAGAAAAUAAUAAAAUUCAGGCAAUAUUAAGUUAGAUACUCAAGAAAUAAAUCAUUCAAAAGAUAAGCCUUAAAUUAAUCUUAAAGAGUCAAAUAAUUUGAAACUUUAAUUAGAAAUUAGUAAAUAUACAAAAUAUUCAUUGUCCUCUAAGGGCACUGCGAUAGAUAUUAAAGGAAUUAUCAAAUUUUUCUGCACCAAUGGAACAGCUAAAGAUAUAAUGAAAAAGAAAAAUAAGGGAGGGAAAUCUUUAUAUAUAUUCUUAAUUGUUUUGGAUUUGUCAUAAUUUUCUAUAGAUUCUCUUAAUAAUAUACUUCUACCAUUUUUAUAUUAAUUAAUUGAAUUAUGCAAAGAAUGUAAGAUAGUAUGCAAUUUACUUAUCUAUCAUAAUCCUAUAAUUAGUGUAAAAUCAACUUUUUCAUUAGUUUGGUCUGAUUAGGAAUAUGAACUAUUGAUUGAUAAAAUACGUGAUGCUUUUAGCGAUUAAUAAAUAGAAUAUAAUGUCGAGAUAUUAGAUUCUAUUUAAAAAAAAUAUUUUGAGAAAUUCAGUCAUUAUAAAAAAUAUUUACUAUUUAUCAACCACCAGUUCUAUAAUUAUCCUUAUCAAAGGAAUUUAAACUUUAUCAACCAAACUUAUUAAAAAUAAAUAAAAUUAGUAUCUAUUGGCACAGGAAUCACAAAACUCGCAAAUCACUUGAACUUGAUAGAAGGGAUUCUACAUUUUUAACUAACUAAACCAGAUGAUGUCUAUAGUAUAAUGAAGGAUUUGUUAUCAAAAAAGUAUUAGAAAUAGCUCUAUAAUAAUCAAUAAUUUAUAUUCAAAAUUGAUUCUAAAAGGUACCCAAAAGAACUUCAAAUGGAAAAAUUUUGUUCUGAUAGCUAAUAACCAAAUUAUUAUUUGAAUAAAUUUUUUAACUUUGUAAUUAAACAUGAAUAACAGGAAAAUAAUAGUAAUGAAAAAGUGUUAGUACAAUAAUAAGUUAAUUUAAGAAGGGAUAAUGGAUUUUUAAAUUAUUUUAUCUCAGUAAUACUAUUAUAAUUAAAGUUAAAAGUAUAUAUAUAAAAGAAAAGAUAAUAAAUUUUAGAGGAAUAAUGA